UCGACCUUUGUCCCGGGACCCCUGCCGGACUCGUCUUGGAGUUUUGUGCUGGCCUAGAAAACAGUCUUAAGUUGAGUGAUUCCCCACCCCACCUGUGGAUAACCCCUUGUCAUCACCUCGGGACCCCUGACAACCUCCCCCUUACCCAACCCAGCCUUUCCUUUGGGACUCCAACCUCCCUCAGAGAAAAGCUGGAGGUGGAGAACAAUCUGCACCCCAAGGGCUUCCAAGGCAAGGCGGAGACUCCUACAGUUCCAGCGUUCUGGGCUUGGGAGAUAUCCCCUACUCCCACCCAUCUUACUCUGGGUAUGGCCUAUGUCUUGUGGGGCAGGGAAUGUGAGGGAGCCCUAGAUUUUGUCAGGCAGCCGGCUCUUAUCUCCUAGCCCUGAGUCAACAGGUAGGUGCCAGAGGAGCUGGGCCCUGACUUUUUACCUUAAAAGUGAGGCCACCGAGCAGUUAGGAAACUUACAUGGUGGUUUUCCAGGUGUGUAUCAGGGACAGCACUGGGAGCUGUUGCCUCAGAGGGGAGGGCUUCUCACUCUGUGUGCCAGCUCAGGUCUCUGUACCCAUGGACACAUACAUAGGGGUGUCUCUGAAGGGUCACUGACCACUUGCUGGCCUCAGGAUCAUCAAUGCAGAGAAAUCUGAAUUCAAUGAGGAUCAAGCUGCCUGUGGGAAGCUGUGCAUCCAGCGAUAUGAAUUUGGGGCUGGAGAAGAUCAAGAGUGGCUGACCCUGUGCCCAGAGGAGUUCCUGACAGGCUACUAUUGGGCACUCUUUGAUGGCCAUGGCGGUCCUGCAGCAGCCAUCCUGGCUGCCAACACCCUGCAUUCCUGCCUGCGCCGGCAGCUGGAGGCUGUGGUAGAGGGUCUAGUGGCCACCCAGCCCCCUAUGCACCUCAGUGGCCGCUGUGUCUGCUCCAGUGAUCCUCAGUUUGUGGAGGAAAAGGGCAUCAGGGCAGAAGACUUGGUGAUUGGGGCUCUAGAGAAUGCCUUCCAGGAAUGUCCUCGGUUUGCCCCAGGAUGAGGUGAUCGGACGGGAGCUGGAGGCCUCAGGCCAGGUGGGCGGCUGCACAGCCUUGGUGGCUGUGUCCCUGCAGGGAAAGCUGUAUGUGGCCAAUGCUGGGGAUAGCAGGGCCAUCCUGGUGCGGAGAGAUGAGGUGCGGCUGCUAAGCUUUGAGUUCACCCCAGAGACUGAGCGGCAGCGAAUCCAGCAACUGGCUUUUGUCUACCCUGAGCUUCUGGCUGGUGAGUUCACCCGACUAGAGUUCCCUCGGCGGCUGAAGGGGGAUGACUUGGGGCAGAAGGUUUUGUUCAGGGAUCACCACAUGAGCGGCUGGAGCUACAAAUGUGUGGAGAAAUCGGAUCUCAAGUACCCGCUGAUCCAUGGACAGGGGAGGCAGGCUAGGUUACUGGGAACACUGGCUGUCUCUCGAGGCCUGGGAGACCAUCAGCUCAGAGUCCUGGACACAAACAUCCCGCUCAAGCCCUUCUUACUCUCUGUCCCUCAGGUGACUGUGCUGGAUGUGCACCAGCUGGAGCUGCAGGAGGAGGAUGUGGUUGUCAUGGCAACUGAUGGACUCUGGGAUGUCCUAUCCAAUGAGCAGGUGGCACGGCUGGUACGGAGUUUCCUUCCUGCAAACCGAGAUGACCCACACAGGUUCUCGGAGCUGGCAAAAAUGCUGAUACACAGCACACAGGGAAAGGAAGAUGGUCCCACAGGGGAAGGGCAAGUGUCCUAUGAUGAUGUCUCUGUGUUUGUGAUUCCCUUGCACGGCCAAGGCCAAGGGAGCAGUGACCACUGAAAAUUCAGAUACUGCAUCCCAGAACCACUCCAGUGCCAGGCGUGGUCUGGACAUCCCUCCACUGUGGCCAAGACCAGGUCCUGGACAGUCCUGUCCCCAGCCACAGCUGGGUACUCUUGCCAUUACCCAUUUCAAGUGGAACAUUUAUAUAAGGCAGUCAGAGCUGGAAGAGUGUGGAGAGCUCAGCCCACCAGAUCCUGUUUGCCAUGAUAUAUCUAAAUCUCUUUGGCAGAAGCACUUUACAACUUAGGAAAAAGCAAAUCAUGCUCCUCAGACAAGAUCUUCAACAGCCCAAAGCAUUAUUCUCAGAUAGGGACACCUGAUCUAAGGAUAUUAGCCAAAGAUGCUAGCAGGGGCAACUAGCCUAUGUUUGGACCCAGGUCUCCAAUCCAUGGAUGUCAGGGCAUCCAUUCAAUCCCUGAAGUCUAUGCAGCAUGCCAUGUAGCAAGCUUUGGGUAAGCUCAUAUCUGUUGGAACAGCCUUCUUGAACACAACCCCUAAAAGAGACCAGCUCAGGUCCUGUCCUACUCUCCUCUGCCACUGGAGGCAAGGCACAGGCCCUAGGGCUAAUGUUGUGGAAAAGCAAAAAGGGGUAAAGCUCUUGAGUUGGUUGGGAAGGAGUGCUCUCCAGUUGUUUUUUUUUCCUUUGAGGUAGAGUCUCACUAUGUUGCCCUUGGUAAAGUGCUCUGAUGUCACAG